GCAGGGCUGGAGAGACCUCCGGGGAACACAGUCGCCAGUCCAGCACGGAGACCCACCUGGCCCCCCAAAAAAGAAAAAAAUUAGGGAAAAUAAACCCCUGCGCCUCACGCUCGCCAGGAUUGCAAAUAUCUCCCAAAAAUAUACCUGCUAUUUAUGGCAUGUGGCUUGUAACUUUACUCCUGCUGUACUCUCUCCAAGAAGUACACAGUGAGGAUGUGAGCUCUACCAGGCUGUACUUUGUGAACGCUUCCCUGCAGAGGGUAACCUACUCCAGCUCGGUGGGGGUGUCCCUACCCUGUCCAGCAGGGGGCACCCCCAGUGCCAUUCUGCGCUGGUACCUGGCCACCGGCGACGACAUCUACGACGUGCCCCACAUCCGCCACGUGUACGCCAAUGGCACCUUGCAACUGUACUCCUUCUUGCCCUCCGCCUACAACAGUUACAUCCAUGACAAUGACUACUUCUGCACUGCCGAGAACCAGGCGGGCAAGAUCCGCAGCCCCAACAUCCGCAUCAAAGCUGUUUUCAGGGAGCCCUACACUGUGCGGGUGGCGGACCAGCGCUCGAUGCGGGGCAACGUAGCCGUGUUCAAGUGCCUCAUCCCCACUGCCGUGCAGGAGUACGUCAGCGUCGUAUCCUGGGAGAGAGACACGGUCUCUAUCGUCCCAGGUAACAGGUUCUUGCUGACCUCCUUUGGAGCUCUGUACAUCUCAGAUGUCCAGAAGGAGGAUGCCCUCUCCACCUACCGCUGCAUUACCAGGCAUAAAUACAGCGGGGAGACGCGCCAAAGCAAUGGAGCCAGGCUCUCUGUCAUGGACCCCAAUGAGUCCUCGCCCACCAUCCUGGACAGUUUUCAAGCAGGGGAGGUGUACGCGGGCCAGAGUAUAGAGCUCCCCUGCAUAGCGGGAGGUUACCCCAGCCCGACUGUGCGUUGGCUGAAAGAUGGCCGCCCGCUGCCCUCGGACGCCCGCUGGACACGCCGUUUGACGGGGCUGACCAUCAGCGACCUGCGACUGGAGGACAGCGGCAGCUACGCAUGUGAAGUCACCAACAGCUUUGGCUCCAAGGAAGUGUCUGGACAGCUUCACAUAAUAGAUCCACUUCGAGUGACCUUAUCCCCCAAGAACCUGAAAACCGGAAUUAGCAGCACACUCUUCUUCACCUGCACUGUGGAAGGUUCUCCAGAAUACACCAUCAACUGGUACCGGAACACGGAACCCAUCUUCCCCGAUCAGCACAUCUCCAUCCAGGGUCAACACAACGACACACUGCAGAUCACUGCGGCGCAAAAGUUCCACUCUGGGGCCUACCAGUGCUUUGCUUCCCGCAAGGGCCACACGUCUCAGGACUUUUCCAUCAUUCUGCUGGAGGACGGUACCCCACGCAUUGUGACGUCCUUCAGCGAGAAGGUGGUGAACCCCGGCGAGCCUUUCUCCCUGGUGUGUGAGGCCAAAGGAGCGCCGCCGCCCUCCAUCACCUGGACGCUAGACGACGAACCCGUGGUGCGAGACUCCAUCUACAAGACCAGCCAGUACACCCAGUCCGACGGCCUGACCGUGUCCCACGUCAACGUCAGCAACCCGCUCAUCCGAAACGGGGGAGUUUAUCGUUGCGUCGCACGCAACUCGGCCGGCAGCGCCGAGUACCAAGCGCGCAUAAACGUAAGAGGUCCACCCCGAAUCAGACCCAUGCGAGACAUGACGGCAGUGGCUGGCAGGAACACGUACAUUACGUGCCGUGUCAUUGGGUACCCUUACUACUCCAUUAAGUGGCUGAAGGACGGCAUGCAGCUGCCCGAUAAUCACCGCCAAGUGUUGUUUGACAAUGGCACCCUGCGGCUAACGGACGUGCAGAAGGGCGCCGACGAGGGCACCUACCUUUGUAGUGUUCUGAUCCAGCCCCAGGUGUCAAUCAACCAGACUGUGCAUGUUUCUGUUAAAGUGCCACCUCUCAUCCAGCCCUUCGACAUCCCCUCUACCUCAGUGGGGAAGCUCAUCUACAUAGCCUGCGUGGUGUCAUCCGGGGACAUGCCCAUACGUAUCACCUGGCACAAAGACGGCCAGCUCAUUGUGCCAGGGCCCACCUCCGGCGUUGCGAUCGAGACCAAAGAGUUCAUGAGCUCCCUCCAAAUUUCCAAGGUGACAUUAAAACACAACGGAAACUACACUUGCAUCGCCAGCAACGCCGCCGCCACCGUCAGCUGGGAGCGACAGCUGAUUGUUACCGUGCCACCGCGUUUUGUGGUGCAACCAAACAACCAGGACUGCAUCUACGGCAAAGCUGGAGUUCUCAACUGCUCGGUGGAGGGUUACCCACCUCCAAAAGUCAUGUGGAAACACGCUAAAGGUGUCGGAAACCCCCAGCAGUACCAUCCGGUCCCUCUCACCGGUCGCAUCCAGAUCAUGUCCAACGGGUCGCUGCUUAUCCGACAUGUGCUGGAGGAUGACCGCGGGUACUACCUGUGUCAGGCCUCUAACGGAGUGGGCUCAGACAUCAGUAAGAGCAUGAUCCUCACUGUCAAGAUCCCCGCGAUGAUCACCAGCCACCCCAACACCACCAUGGCCAGGAAGGGCCAGACCAAGGAGCUGAACUGCACAGCUCGAGGCGAGCAGCCCAUCAUCAUCCGUUGGGAAAGAGGCGACACGGUCAUCGACGCCGAGAGAAACCCCCGUUAUUCCAUCACCAUCAACAAAAAGGGAGAUGAAGUCAUCUCCACCCUAAAGCUGAACCCAGCAGACAGAGGAGAUUCUGUCUUCUUCUCUUGUCACGCCAUAAAUUCCUACGGAGAAGGUCGAGGACUCAUCCAACUCACUGUGCAAGAACCGCCAGAUCCCCCUGAACUGGAAGUAAGAGAGGUGAAGGAUAGAAGUAUGAACCUACGCUGGAUCCAAAGGUUUGACGGGAAUAGCAUCAUCACAAGCUAUGACAUUGAGUACAAGAACAAGUCAGACUCGUGGGACCACAUGUACACAACCAGGAACAUCUCACCCACCAACAACCAAGCCAAUAUUGUCGAGCUGCACCCGGCUUGCGUGUACAGCAUCCGCAUGUAUUCCUACAACAAGAUUGGCCGGAGCCUUCCAAGCAAAGAGCUAACAAUCAGUACCGAAGAAGCACCACCUGAUGGACCACCAAUGGAUGUGAUCCUGCAACCUAUGACAUCACAGAGCAUUCGGGUCACAUGGAGGGCACCGAAGAAGGAGCUGCAGAACGGUGUCAUCCGCGGCUAUCAGAUUGGCUACCGAGAAAACGGCCCAGGCAGCAAUGGCCAAUACAGCAUUGUGGAAAUGAAAGCUACCGGUGACAGUGAAGUAUACACCCUGGACAACCUCAAGAAGUUUGCCCAGUACGGAGUGGUGGUCCAGGCUUUCAACAGAGCUGGAACGGGGCCUUCUAGUACGGAGAUCAAUGCAACCACGCUGGAAGACGUACCCAGUGAACCGCCGCAGAACGUACGAGCCAUCUCGGUCACGUCAGACGAGGCGGUGAUCACGUGGGCGGAGCCUCCACGGCUGACGCUGCACGGUGUGCUGAAAGGCUACCGGGUUGUGUUUUGGUCCCUCUUCCCCGACGGAGGUGGGUGCUGUGGGGGCCGGGCCCAAUGGCCAAUGCAGAAGUGGGGAGAGAUGCAGAACAUCACCACCACACGUGAGCAGGUGGAGCUGCGAGGACUGGAGAAAUUCACAAAUUACAGUGUUCAAGUGCUAGCGUAUACACAAGCUGGCGACGGAGUCCGCAGCAACGUGCUGUACAUCCAAACUCGUGAAGAUCUUCCCGGUCCACCGGCUGGCAUCAAGGCAGUUCCAUCCUCUCUGAGCAGCGUGGUGGUGUCCUGGUUGCCUCCCCAGAAACCUAAUGGUGUCAUCCGCAAGUACACCAUUUACUGCUCCAGCCCGGGUUCUGGACAGCCGGCGCCCAGUGAGUACGAGGCCAACCCAGAAAUGCUCUUCUACCACAUCACGCACCUGAGCCGAGGCAAACAAUACCACAUCUGGGCCGCUGCCGUCACCACCGCCGGCCGGGGCAACGUGAGCUCAAAGGUCAUAGUGGAGCCGGCCGGGAAAGUCCCAGCCAAAAUCUUGUCCUUUGGGGGAACGGUGACCACGCCCUGGAUGAAGGAAGUACGUCUGCCCUGCAAGUCUGUGGGGGAGCCGGCUCCCACCAUCAAAUGGACCAAAGACAGUGAGGACUCGGCCAUUCCGGUGACCGCUGACAGUCAGCGGCAGAUCUUCUCCAACGGCACACUCGUGCUGCGUUCAGUCAAAGCAGAAGAUUCGGGCUACUACACGUGUACGGCCACCAACACGCUUGGUUUUGACACCAUCAUUGUCAAUCUCGUAGUGCAAGUUCCUCCAGACCAGCCUCGCCUGACUGUCUCCACCACUUCCACCUCCUCCAUCACCCUGGCUUGGAUCCCAGGGGACAACGGUGGAAGUUCCAUCAGAGGCUUUGUGCUGCAGUAUUCAGUGGACAACACAGAAGAGUGGAGGGACGUUUUUAUCAGUUCCAGCGAACGUUCCUUCAGAUUGGACAAUCUACGCUGUGGAACGUGGUACAAGGUCAAGCUGGCAGCAAAGAACAGUGUGGGCUCAGGGCGCAUCAGUGAGAUUAUUGAAGCCAAAACACACGGAAGAGAGCCCGUGUUCAACAAGGACCAGCCGCUGCUCACCCACAUCAACUCGACCCACGCAGGCCUCAACCUGCAGGGUUGGACCAGCGGCGGCUGCCCCAUCACUGAUAUGAUGCUGGACUUCAGGCCCAAAGGCACAUGGGCUUGGCAGAGCCUCAAAGCCAACUCCACCACUCAGCUAUUCCUCAGUGAGCUACGGGAGGCAACCUGGUAUGAGCUCAAAAUGAAGGCCUGCAACAGUGCCGGCUGCGGCAACCAGAGUUCCCAGUUUGCCACCACCGAUUACGAUGGAAGUACAAUCCCUCCCAUCAAAUCCGCCCGCGGCGAGGGUGACGAUGUGAAAAAGUUGUUUUCCAUCGGCUCUCCUGUCAUCCUGGUCACCAUCGGCGUUGCCCUGCUCUUCAUUAUCCGCAAGAAGCGUAAAGAGAAAAGACUGAAACGACUUCGAGAUGCCAAGAGCCUCGCCGAGAUGCUCAUCAGUAAGAACAAUCGGAGUAUUGACACUCCUGUGAAGGGCCCGCCGCAGGGGCCACGGCUCCACAUUGACAUUCCUCGUGUGCAGCUGCUCAUUGAGGACAAGGAAGGCAUCAAACAAAUCGGAGAGGACAAAGCUGCGGUGCCAGUGACAGACACAGAGUUCAGCCAAUCAGUCAACCCGCAAAACUUCUGCACAGGCGUCUCUCUUCACCAUCAAGCCCUCAUCCAAAAUUCCGGACCUUUGAUUGACAUGUCCGAUAUCCGACCCGGCACGAACCCCGUUUCCAGAAAGAGCAUCAAAUCCGCUCACAGCUCCAGAAAUAGAUACUCAAGCCAGUGGACGCUCAGCCGACCCAGUCAGAGCCAGUCCACGGCUUCCGCACGAACUCUGACCUCGGACUGGCGGACCAUGGGCUCUCACGGGAUCACCGCCACUGAGAGCGACAGCUACAGCGCCAGCCUUUCUCAAGACACAGAUAAGGGGCGUAACAGCAUGGUGUCUACGGAGAGCGCCUCGUCCACCUACGAGGAGCUGGCCAGGGCGUACGAGCACGCCAAGCUAGAGGAGCAUCUGCAGCACGCCAAGUUCACCAUCACGGAGUGCUUCAUCUCCGACAGCUCUUCUGACCAAAUGACCACAGGCACCAACGACCCGGCCGACAGCAUGACCUCGCUGAGCACGCCGUCCGAGCCGGGCAUCUGCCGCUUCACCGCCUCGCCGCCCAAACCGCAGGACUACGACCGUGGUAAAAAUGUAGCUGUGCCCAUUCCUCAUCGCGCAAACAAAAGUGAAUUCUGCAACCUCCCCCUUUACAUGAAGACGGAUCCCUUCUUCCGCAAGCAAGGGGAGUUGCACGAUCCGUGCCCGGCCGUGCCCCCGCGGGAGGCGUCCAUCCGCAGCUUGACGCAGCGUGCGUAUCACACGCAGGGGCGCCACAAGACUCUAGACUCUGCCAAGCAGCAGGCGCUGACGCUGGGCCACUCGGGACUGGGCAGCUUGGGCGCCAGCUCGGGCACGGCCACCUUGCCCCAGAGGACUCUCACCAUGCCCAGCUCCAACGUGGCGGCUACCGCCUCCACGUCCAGCACGAGCAGCAACCCCACCAACAGCAGCAACAAGAUGGGAGGCUCCAGAGACUCGCUGCUGGAGAGCAGCUCCUCCGCGCUGGGCCGGCUGCAGAAACAAAGCGCGGGGGCUUACUCCAAGUCCUACACACUGGUUUAGUCCAAUCGGUGCCAGCCUCCCCGCUCCCCCCUCAGCCGGGGGCUCAAAGGUCACGUAUUUUGUACCCGACUCCAACUGAAGGUCCGCUGCCCUUCCCAUAGGUGUCCUCCUAGACGGCUAACUUUGCUUUUGAAUCUCCACGAGGGACUCUCAAAAAGAACUACUAACACCAACUAACAGUUACGGCCGGCUGAUGCUGGGUUCUGGAGGUUCGCAGCCAAAUGUAUUGAUUAUUUGUGUGGAGCAAAAAGAUCUGAGUCCAUGACGCCGAGGACUACGUGUCUCAUACACACACACAUGCUGAAGUUGUUUGAAUAUUACUGACCAUUUGGAGGACUUCCAGUUCAGUUUAUUAUUCUUAUGCUAUCGUUUACCCUUUGUAUGUUUCUCUAAUAAUGAUUGGCAAUUGUCCUCUAAAAGAAGAUAUAACACUUUAUAUAGCGCAUUUUACUUCUCCAUUAUCUCAACAUGUAUCGCGCUCUGAGAGUAUAUUGUCAAGUCAGGUCGACCCAAAUGAACCAUUUGCUCUUACCCCGCAUUGCAAAUAGAGAAUGUUUGCUAUUUAAAAAGAUUUAACAUAUUUUUUCUAUAUAGGUAUAUUGACAUCUCAUUGAAAAGAUGAUAAAACAUAAAUUCUAUGUACUACGGCUGUGUAGUAUUAUUUACAGAAGUCAGUUAUAUAUACCAGACAGUCAAAUUUAAGAAGAAUGAGACAAUCGCUCAAUCAUGAAAAAAAAAUUAAUACAUUUAAUAAAGUUUGAGUACAGAAAGAAUUAAAGUUAAGUAUGAAUGUGCUGAAUGAAUAUGAAAUAAUGGUGUCAAUAAGAGGAAAUGGGAAAAGCAAAAUAUACUCAUUGUUUAAUAUUAUUAUUGUUGUAUUGGGUGACUGGAUGAUUGGCACUCCAGUUGAAGUCAGUCUUUGCAUUUUAUGCGCAUUUCAUGAAUAAAAUCACUCCCGAACUUCAGCCCAGUGUCUGUAACCAGCAGCUACUGCUGUCGUCAUGGCAACCAAGCUCCCCAUUAAGCCUAGUAGAAGGAAUCUCAGUAAUGAUGUGAACGAGAUAAAAUAUUCUAACGUUGGAAAAUGUUUGUCAGUCAAGUUAGCAAAUCAUCAGUCUAUGAAUAUCCUUCUUGAUGUCCCGUCUGAGGUACUGUAAACGUUCCACAAAUGUGUACAUUCACACAAGAAGCUACUGGAAUGUCCCUCUGAAGCAUCUCCGUGAUAGCUUUAUAUUUUAUUUUCUAUGUUUGUGUCAAGGAGAGUUGAUUUGUUGUUUUGUCUGAGUUUGUUUGGGCUUUCAUGAAAAUGUCGAUUCUAAAGUCAUGUACGUGGCCUGUCCGCCAAAACAAAUCAGGGACUCGUAGCUCUUUUGGUCACGCAAACUGCUAUUACAAUAUGUACAUAAAAAGUGGAGUGGGGUGUGAAUGUCGGAGUAAUGCAUUCCCCUUUGACACCCCCCCCCCCCCAACCCCCACAUGGAUGAAAUCAAGUUAAAAUAUCCUUACCCCACAACCAUAUUAGAUGCAGCAUCUGCUACCUUUGUCAGUGUUGUUUAUAGAUGAAGUCUUGUACAUAAAACACAGUUUUGUAUGAAGAGCUAUUUUCGUCAGAAUGGUUAAGGGGACAUGUCACGGUUGAAUCCUCCAGUUUCAAGAAUUGAAAUAAGAGUCAAACAUAUGGUAUAUUACUUCUGAAUGGGCAAAACAUUUUUCUUUCCCCUUCAUGUUUUGAUACUAAUUUGUCAAUUUUUUAAUUCUUUUUUUAAGGUCUUUGAUGUUGUCAUUUGUCCCAUUUUUUAAAAUCAUCAUUUUGUAUUUUGUUGAUCCUCUAAAAAGAAGUCAUUGCAUGCUUGCUAAAAGGGAAACAUUUGAAGGAACAUAUGUAUGAAAAUCAAAAAUGUCCCAAAAAAAAAAAGAAAUCUUGAGGGUAUCCCAAACAUUUGUUUGAGUUGCUUGUUACAGCAAUUGCUUGUGUUCAAAAGUACAUUUUCUAUGAAAAGAACGCAAAAACUAAAAAGAUCAUUCUAACACCUUGUGCAAUAAAGCUAUCUUUCAUACGU